UUGUGCUUCUUCUCCGUAACUUUCUUGACCACACCCCACCACUCAACAACAAGUACGCUGUCACAAUGGCAUCACUUCAACGUCUACCCGCUCCUCAAAGGGCCAUAUCUUCUAUCCAACUUAUCCGCCCAACCCGCCUCAUCCAUACAAUCAACCACCACCGACCCUCUCCAUCAUCCGCAUCUCAAUCUCCAUCAACCACCCUCACUACCAACCUAAGCUUCAAAACCCCCUCAAUCCCAAUCCGCACUUACCACUCUCAAUUGCACCCCCGCCUCCCACCCCACGAAUACACAAACAGCCAAACCGCCAUCCUAACCGCCUCCCUCCCGCACAUCCCAACACACGGCGUCACGGCCGCAGCGUUAACAGCCGGCGCCCGUGACGCGGGAUUCCUCGAUGUUUCGGUGCAGCUUUUGCCCAGGGGGGAGUUUGAUCUUGUGCUUUUUUGGCUGGCGAGUCGACGCGGGUUGUUGAGGGCUAAGGUUGAGGGGGGUGAGGUUUUUGGUGCGAAUGCGGAGGAGUUGAGUGUGCAGGAGAAGAUUAAGAUUCUUGUUUUGGAGAGGUUGAGGAUGAAUAGCGAGAUUAAGGAUGUUUGGCAGGAUGCCCUAGCCCAAAUGUCCCUGCUCGGCAACAUCCCCCUCUCUCUCCUUGAACUCCACGCCCUCUCAAACGACAUCCUCACUCUGGCAGGCGACACCGCCGUCGAUGCAACCUGGUACGCGAGGCGUAUGGGCGUGGGCGCUAUCUAUGCUAGUGCCGAGGUAGUCAUGACGCGUGAUCCGACGCCGGAUCUGCUGGAGACGGAGGCGUUUGUGGAACGCAGGUUUGAGGAUAAGGAGGUGCUCAAGGGGAAGGUUGAGGGGAUUGGUUCUUGGGUUGGGUUUUGGGGGAAUACGGUUCUUGGGGUUGGGAGGAGUUGGGGGUUGAAGAUUUGA